AUGAAUCUUUCCAUUCACGAUUUUACAAUCAUCUGGCUUGAUGCCAACAACGAGCAACCAGACACUUUCUUUGAUCGGCCUUCUAUACUUACUUCGAUUAUUUCGGAUCUGCAUACAUUUGAUAAUCCAUCUGACUGUCUUGAUUACAUAACAUCAAUUCAUUCAAAUAUUCGUAUUUUUCUUCUCGUAUCUGGUCAAUUAGGUAAAAGUAUAAUGUCUAUGAUGCACGAUCAUUCAAAGAUCUGUUAUGUUUACAUUUAUUGUACAAAUCGUAAACAACAUGAGAAAUGGACAAAAGAUUAUAGCAAAAUUCGUGGCAUCUAUGUCGAUCGUACUGUUCUACUACAUCAAUUAACUGCCGAUGUUGCACUAUAUUCGAAAGAACUUUCUGCACCGAUCACACUGUUCAAACGAGACGAUCUGAGUAAACAAGAGAGAUCAAUUCGAAAUUUAAGUAAGGAAAGCAGUAUGUUUAUGUGGUUUCAAUUAUUGCUCGAAACAUUACUUGACUCAAAACAGACGAUUAAUGCACGUAAAGAAAUGCUGAAUGAAUGCAAAAGAGAAUACCAAGAAGAUCCUGUUCAAUCGAGUAAAAUCGAAGAGUUUGAAGCCAACUAUUCGCCUACUGAAGCUGUCCGAUGGUACACACGAGAUUGUUUUCUCUUUCGAUUAGUCAACCGUGCGAUGCGCACUCAGAAUAUUGAUACAAUCUAUACAUACCGUUCGUUCAUUCUUGAUUUGCAUAAACAACUUUGCAGACUAAGUAUUAGUACACUCGACAUUGAUGAAGUAUAUCGUGGUCAAUUAAUGGCAUUUGAAGAAAUUGAACACAUGCGUUCAAAUAUCAAUGGUCUUAUCUCGAUCAAUACUUAUUUUUCUACAUCAAAACGUUUAUAUAUCGCAUCCGGGUUUAGUGGAGGAGGUUUGGGUCGACCAUGUCUUGAGUCAGUGGUUUUUACUAUAAAAAUUCGACCAAAUAUGACUGAAAAACCAUUUGCUAAUAUACAAGACUAUAGUUAUAUAUCUCAGGAAGGUGAAGUUCUGUUCAGUGCAGGUACCAUUUUUCAGAUUAUCGAUGUAAGUGAAUUGACUGAUGGAAUAUGGUCAGUAGAACUGAAUCUCAGUAGUGACAUACAGGAACAAUGGUACGAUGUUAUGCGAUACUUACGCACUGAAAUGACUGCACGACCAACUCUGGUCACAUUGGGUAAUUUUCUAUCCGAAAUGGGUGACUUAGACAAAUCGGAGCGAUACUAUCAUCUACUAAUGAACGAACUCGAAAAUGAAGAAGAUACAGGAGCUAUACUGACGGCCAUUGCUGCAGUACAUUUUCGUAAAAAUGAUUUUACUCGUGCUCUUAACUAUUGUAAUCAGGGGCUCGAACAACUGACAGCAUUACCCCAUAUUCAUCCUGAUCUGGCCACAGCAUAUAAUAUUAUGGGUAUGAUUCAACUUGAACUGAAUCAAUUGGAUGAUGCUGUGCAAUAUUUUAAGUAUGCUUUGAAUGUUCACGAACAAACUUUACCGAAUGAUGAUCCAUUGAUCGCUGCUGAUCUACAUAAUAUGGCAACGGUCGAUUUAAAAGCAGAACGAUUCGACGAAGCAUUAACAAGAUUCAACCGAUCUUUGCAGAUUAAACUUGCGGUAUUACCUGCUGAUCAUCCACUUGUUGGUCACACGUAUGCCAAUAUGGGUCUGCUAUUUGCUAAGCAGAAACAAUGGACUAAGGCUCAUUAUUUCUACGAUAAAGCAAUAGAUAUUCAACAAAAAACUUUGCCAAUUACUCAUCCCGAUCUUGCUGUAUCGUAUGCAAACAAAGCUUCUGCUCUUGUUGGAGAAAAACAAUUUGAUCGUGCAUUACAAUUGUAUAAUCAAGCACUUGCCAUCGAAUUGGCAAGAGAUCCACUGUGCACAAGUCAUUUAGUAAAUAUCUAUGAGCAAAUCGGUUUAAUUUAUAUUCAGACGCGUGAGCAUACAGAAGCCAUAUACUCGUUUGAAAAAGCUCUACAACAUGAACUCAAUUGUCAUGCAUCUUGGAACCAAUUGUGUCCAUUGCGUAAUAAUUUGGGUACAGCACAUUACAAAAAUGGUAAUUAUCAAUUGGCAUUAAAAGAAUACGAAGCAGCACUUGAUCUCAUUCCAUCGGAUGAUAAUAGUUCAAAGCGGUUUUCUACUUUAAAUAAUAUUGCUACUGCUUAUUUCAGUAUGGAAAAUUAUUCAUAUGCCCUUCAGUUCUAUCAGAAAUUGAUUGAUACUUUGGACAAUAUAAAUAUUUCUCCUUCCAAAGACAAUUUAAUGCUCAUUUAUCAAAAUAUUGGUUUAUGUUACUUAGCUAUUGAAGACAACGAUUUGGCUCUAGAAUACUUUGCUCGAGUGCUUUCAUUUACUGAAAAUCCAUCAAUUCUGAGCAAAACUCAUUCUUAUAUAGCGGAUAUAUUUCUCAAUAAAAAUGAGUUGACUAACGCCAUAGAAAACUACGAGCUGGCAUUGAAAUAUGACUCAUCGAAUGAAGACUUCGUUAUCACAACGUAUAAUUCAAUCGGAACAGCACAUCAUCUUCUAAACGAUAUUUCAAAGGCUUUGAGCAACUAUCAACAUGCACUAAAUAUUCUACAUAAAGCACGAUCCAACGAUACAUGUGCAUUGGCCGCUGCAUACGGUAACAUUGCUAAUGUAUAUUGGCAAGUAGAUGAUUUUACUAACGCCAUAGAAUAUUAUACAAGACAACUUAAUCUUGAAACUGAUCCUGAUGUAAAGCAUCAAAUAGAAGAAGACAUUGAAAAUAUUCGUCUUCAUCUUCAAUUAAGAGAUCAUCUGUAA